GCUGAGGAACCAAUGAAAUUGAGGAUGCACAAGAUUAAGCUAGAUCACCGUGCGUUUUCUGUUUCUGUACUGAUAAAGUGAGAUAAUUAGUGUUUUAGUGUUACUGUUGUUUUUGAAGAAGCGUGUUGUUGUUGUAGUUUGAAUAAAAGAAGAUUGUUUCAGCAAUGGCCAAUCGCGAUUUGAUGCUUGGACAAAAUCGUAAUAUCGGUAUUGGGCAGGGUCAAUCUUUGGUGCUUGGCCACAGCCACAGUCUAGGGCUUGGUCAAAACCAUGUUGAUGUGGAGCUCGGCCAAGGUCACAAUAUGGAUUUAGGGCAUGCUCAUCAUGAUCAUGAUCAUGAAAUUGAUUUAGGGAAUCCUCAUGAUGAUCAUGAGCUAGGCUUAGGAAAUAGUGAAGAUCAGGAUGGAGAGGAUCAUCAUCAUCACGAUUAUAUGAACGAGAAUGAAAUCUCCGUGGAUCAAAAGCCUGGACACGACGAUGUUGAUCCCGAUCUGGUUCUUUCCUCGCAUAACCAUGACUUUUCAUUGUCAGAUAAUAAUAAUCAGUUGGUGGUUGGGGAAAACCAUGAACUAGACGACAAUCUGGAAUUAGCCGUUGACUCAAGUCAUGAACUUGAAAUUGAUCAACAUGGUGAAAUGGUUAUGGUUAGCACUCCGGUUCAAGCCCGAGCGCUUACUGCUGACAUGACUUACCAACUUACGGUUGGACAAGAGUUUCCAGAUGUAAAGAGUUGCCGUAGAGCACUGAGAGAUAUGGCGAUUGCUCUUCAUUUCGAAAUGCAGACAAUAAAAUCUGACAAAACUCGUUUCACUGCUAAGUGUUCGAGUGAUGGAUGUCCAUGGAGAGUUCACGCUGCAAAGCUCCCCGGGGUUCCAACUUUCACAAUCAGAACGAUCCAUGAAAGCCAUAGCUGUGGAGGAAUAAAUCAUUUGGGUCAUCAACAAGCUUCAGUUCAGUGGGUUGCUAGCUCAGUUGAGCAACGACUUCGUGAGAAUCCGAAUUGUAAACCUAAAGAGAUUCUUGAAGAGAUACACCGGGUUCACGGAAUCACCUUAUCGUACAAACAAGCUUGGCGUGGUAAAGAAAGAAUCAUGGCAACUAUGCGCGGAUCUUUUGAAGAAGGGUAUCGAUUACUUCCGCAAUAUUGCGAGCAGGUUAAAAGGACGAAUCCGGGAAGCAUUGCUGCGGUUUAUGGAAGUCCAGCUGAUAAUUGCUUCCAGCGUCUCUUCAUAUCAUUUCAAGCUUCAAUUUAUGGGUUUCUAAAUGCUUGUCGACCGCUUCUUGGAUUGGACAGGACAUAUUUGAAGAGCAAGUAUUUGGGCACUUUGCUUCUUGCUACUGGAUUCGAUGGAGAUGGUGCUUUGUUUCCGCUGGCGUUUGGGAUUGUAGAUGAAGAGAAUGACGAGAAUUGGAUGUGGUUUUUGUGCGAGCUUCAUAAUCUUCUUGAAACCAAUACCGAGAAUAUGCCGAGACUCACGAUUUUGUCGGAUAGACAAAAGGGAAUAGUGGAAGGUGUGGAACAGAAUUUCCCAACUGCGUUUCACGGUUUUUGUAUGCGACAUUUGAGCGAAAGCUUCCGCAAGGAGUUUAACAACACAAUGCUAGUCAAUUAUCUGUGGGAAGCUGCUCAAGCUCUAACAGUAAUUGAGUUUGAAGCCAAAAUACUCGAAAUUGAAGAGAUUUCUCAAGAUGCAGCUUACUGGAUCCGGCGAAUCCCUCCUCGGUUAUGGGCUACCGCGUAUUUUGAAGGACAACGGUUUGGACAUUUAACCGCAAAUAUAGUCGAAUCCCUGAACUCAUGGAUCACUGAAGCAUCUGGACUUCCUAUAAUUCAGAUGAUGGAAUGCAUUAGGAGACAACUAAUGACUUGGUUCAACGAACGGCGUGAAACCAGUAUGCAAUGGACUUCGAUACUCGUCCCAACUGCUGAGCGGCGUGUAGCCGAGGCUCUUGAGCUUGCAAGAACCUAUCAGGUGCUUCGAGCCAAUGAAGCAGAAUUUGAAGUUAUUUCUCAUGAAGGAAACAACAUAGUGGAUAUCAGGAACCGGUGUUGUCUCUGUCGGGGUUGGCAGUUAUAUGGUUUACCUUGUGCACACGCCGUGGCGGCUCUUCUUUCUUGUAGACAGAAUGUUCAUAGGUUCACUGAGAGCUGUUUUACUGUGGCUACAUAUAGGAAGACUUAUUCUCAGACGAUUCAUCCGAUUCCAGAUAAAAGUCUUUGGAGAGAGCUUUCUGAAGGAGAUCCAAACGUGAACAAAGCUGCUCUUGAUGCUAUUAUAAACCCUCCAAAGUCUCUGAGACCGCCUGGUAGGCCGAGGAAAAGACGGGUUCGAGCUGAAGAUAGAGGACGAGUGAAGCGGGUUGUGCAUUGUAGCCGGUGUAACCAGACCGGACAUUUCAGAACCACUUGUGCUGCACCAAUAUGAUUUGCAACGACAUCAUACUCUCUGUAUGUUUUACCAGUAAGUGUCUUGGCUGUUUUAGGAAAAUGUUAGUAUCCUCAUUGUAUUCACAGGUCUGAUGUGUGUGUGGAUUUCUCUGACAGGAACGAUACCGCGGACUCGAGUGAGUUAACGGAAAAGAAGCAAAACCGCAGGGGUAAACUCUGCUCAGUGUACUAUAAAAAUUCGAUCUUUCU